UUAGGACAUUUUCUUGUUUGUUUUUGUUUUUUCACUUUUUUUGUCUAUGCAAAUAUUCAGGAAAUUUUCCUCUAACUUUUUUUACUGAUUUGUUUUGCAAAUUUUGGUCCACAUUUUUGUUAUGGUGCCUGUUGCCUUACAAUAACAACAACAACAACAACAAUUAUGAUAAUUAUAAUAACAAUAAAAAUAAUAAUAAUUUUAUUAUACAGCACCUUUUAAAAACUAAAAUUUACAAAGUUCUUUAACAGUAAAAGCAAAUGCAGACAAUAAUUCAACAAGCAUGCCAAACAGAGAAAGGUCCAGAACAGUCAACAAAAAGGCAGGAACAAAAACAAUAACACAAAAUGUAAACAAGAAUAAAGCAAAUAAAAAGAAUAAAAGUGAACAGGCAGAUCUCCAAAGGCAGCUAGAUUAAAAGAGCUUUAGGAAAUAUAAGAAUAAAAGGAACAAAACAUGAUAAAUAUGAUAUAAGAAGACAACAUCUCAUCAGUGGGGAUUAAACAAAAAUAAGAUAAAAACAUGAAUAAAAGUUAGAUGAACGACUAAAUAAAUGAUAACACGAAAAGAUGGUAAGAACAGGACUUCAGAAGGAUAAAGAAGGGCUAGAUAGAGAAGGAACAGCAAAAUGACUGAAUAGAGGAAGAGAGAUUAAAAAAAUGAAUAAGUAAAUAAAGCCCUCUCCCAAUGUUUUUUUUUUUUUCAAAGCAAACCAAUUUGCUCAGGUUUCAAAGGAUUCAUGUAUGUUAUGUCAUGUCAAUUUAGGCUUGAUGUCAUCAUUGCUGCUAAAAUGUUGUAGUAUGUACAAUAAUAUUGUGUAUCAUAUUGCUUUAUUUAUGCUGGCACAAAAAAGUGUUUUGUCAAAGGUCAUUAAAUAGCAUAUGUGGUGUAAAAAAAAACUACAAGUCCCAGCAUGCGCCUUGAGUUCCAGUUAAGUCACAUGGCUCAUGCUGCAUGUAAACAUCACCAGCACGCGGCUAUUUACAAACAUUUCGUGUAUGUCCGGUAGCUUUAACGUUGUUAAUUCCGUGCGGAGCGAUAAAAAAGACGGGAUGGAAAUUGAAAACGCGCACCCGUACCUCUGUGGAGACAUCGGCUGCUGGUCAGAGAGGACAGAGAUGCACAAAGCGGCGUGCCUCGGCCAGACCUCCCACCUGCAGGAUCUCAUCCAAAGUGGAGCUUCAGUCAAUGUCGUGGCUGUGGACUCCAUCACGCCGCUGCAUGAGGCGUGCCUCCGCGGACAGGCCCAGUGUGUGCGGCUGCUGCUAGAAGCUGGAGCACAGGUGGAUGCGAGGAACGUAGACGGGAGCACCCCGCUGUGUGACGCCUGCUCGGCCGGUAGUUUGGAGUGUGUCAGGAUCCUGCUGGAACAUGGCGCCAAGACCAACCCUGCCCUCACCUCCCGCACGGCCUCGCCCCUCCAUGAGGCCUGCAUGGGAGGAAAUUCAGAGUGUGUGAAGCUGCUGAUCGGCAUGGGUGCUUGUCUGGAGGCGUACGACCUGUACUACGGGACCCCGCUGCAUGUGGCUUGUGCUAAUGAACACAUAGACUGUGUUAAGGAGCUUCUUAAUGCAGGUGCUAAAGUGAAUGCUUCCAGACUACACGAGACUCCGCUUCACCACGCUGCUAAAAACAUGCGCGUUGAGAUGGUCAAGAUACUGGUGGAGUUUGGGGCUAACGUCUACGCCAGAGAUCAGCACAACAGGAAACCUGUGGAUUACACCACGCCAGGCUCUCCCUCUGCAACCUGUCUAAAGUUUUAUGAGAGUACCCCCAUGGAUCUGCAGCAGCUCAGCAGGUUGGCAGUGAGGAAGAAUCUUGGCACCAGAGCUCUGAAGGUCAUCAGUCAGCUGGACAUACCAAAACUCAUCAUCAGCUACCUCUGCUAUCAGUGAGUUUCACCUGGAUGACAAGUUGUUCAAAGAAAACCUGAAAACUCACAGACCUGCUGCACAAUGUGGAGAAAAACACAGCAAAGGUGCCACUGCAUUAGACCAGAUAUAAUAGACACACAAUUUAGUAAUAAGCACAAUGCCUCUUUUCAAAGCUGCACUUUCACAUCAAAAGGAGCAUCCUCUGUUGAAGUUGUUUAGGUGCUGUAAAUUAUUUUAUUGUGUUUAACUUCUGUUGUUUUAUCUAGGUUAAAAAAUUAUCAGAAUGCAAAGACCUCGAGCAAUUUUCAAACUGGAAUAGCUGUCAGUCUUGGGAAUGUACACACACACUCUGUACACACCUUGUGUCAGGAUCAGACGAUGGGAUUCUAGUUCAAUAAUAAUUCUCUGGCUGGUUUGUUUUGCGACGUUAAUCCAUAGAAACACACAGAAAUCUCCUGCACACAGCUGUAAACAUUACGGAGCGAAAGAAGGGUGAUGUUGUCGUGGAGGUCAGUUCUUGGAACGUCCCUCCUGAUUGUCGUGGUAGUCGUACCACAACAAAGAUCAUCACCUGAACCUAAUGCAAAGCAACAACAGGCACAGUAAUAAUGGCAAAUACAUAGCCUACAUAAAAAACUGAAGUAAUAUAUUGAUUUUAUAGUGUGCAUGUAAGCAUGCUGGUUGGCUUUGGACACUUAAAACUGGGGUAGGCAGUUUUAUUUUGGCGUCAUUGGGCAAAAAUCCCAUAAUUCAUUUUUAGAUCGUUGUAAUUUCAGUUGUCUGAGAGAAAACUAGACUCCUGCACAUCCUCUUGGCUCUGUUUCAAGCUUUAGAAAAUCUAGUCCAUGGCAGGAGACUUAGGCCAAUCACAGAUCUUAUCAGAGAGAGGGUGUUCUUGGCUGUUCUGCAAAUGCAGGUGCAGGUCUCUUUGGUUAAAGAUGUUUUAAUGGGAAUAAACGAAACAAAACAUGCAGGAUUUCCCAAACAUUCAUUUAUUUGUGGUGGUUGACCACGAUUAAUACAUCUUGUGCCACAAAUCAUUUUAUGUUUUUGGACCUGGACCCGUCAUAAGGAGCGCUAUACAUAUACAUACCAAUCGGUUAUUCAUUGAGCACAAUCUGGGCACAGAUGGAGCAGCAGAAUGCUCGCCGUAACGUAAGUGAAACUUAACAGUUAAUUGUGCUGUUUCUAAAAGUUUGCUUUCACCGCCUCUGUAGCAGCUGCUCCUCUCAUCCAUCAAUCAGAUUGGAUCAGCUCUGACCACAUCCACUAAUCAGUUAUCCACCCUGUGACUCAAACUCCAGAUAAUUCUGCUGUGGAAAAAAAUAACUCAUAAAGAGUUCGCCACCGCUGCGUUCACAGACCAGCAAAAAUGUCAGAAUUUAGAGAGAGGACACAGAAUUUCAAGAUUUAAAAAAAAAUGGGAAAUUUGCGGAUGCUGCAAAGUCUGCAUUGGCCAAACUCGAGCUGCUACACCUGCUGACUGAAGAUCUAUUUAGUCAUGUCUGGUCAUCACACAUCAUCACCCAGGUUAAAAAAGCACAGAA